GCCUGCUUGUUGACCCUCCAUCCAGCAACCAACUGCCGCCGUUGGCCGUUGGCUCCCCAUGAACCUCAUGGAUGCUUUGACCCUAACCCACCUCUAAUAGCUACCAGCCAUGCAAGGAGCUACCGGAGCAACCUCGACGCGACUCUGGCCGGCUCCAGACAGCACCUAAGACGAUCAAGUUUAUUCCGCAAGUUAAAGUGGGAGAGCAAUCCACGAUAUCAGCGCAUGGCCUGAACCGAUACUACCAAACCUUAUUGGAGAAGCCAGAACCUCAUUAUUCUCACAACCCACAACAGAAUUAUUGAAGUCUCUAGAGUUACUAUGGUGAUCCGCACUCCAUCCUUAGUCGGCUGGCUGCUUUUUCUCAGCUGGUUGAACUUGUCUUUUGCUCAGCCCAUCAGCAGCAAUAAGAGUCCCUCUGGUCUUUCUUUCAAGCUUUACGACAAUGCUGCUCUGGCAUUUAGUCCUGCAGUGAGUGGGAUCACUCAAACAGCCAAUCUUUCCCUGGCUGCUCAUUCCUACUCAACUGAAACUGGCUGCUUUUUAUCAGGAGAGCUCUCUGGCACUGCCUUGUUUGGUGGUAGCACUGCUGCUGCAACAACAACAACUGCAGUGUACAAGUUUAGCUGUGACUUUACACACACAUCCUCUGGCUUUGUCUGGAUAGAUGGACACUUGGUGUGCUCUGAUGGAAACUCCUUUCGAGCUACAGAUACAGAUAAUCCUCUCCCCAUUGAUACCAGUAAACCCCAGCCCUUUCGAGCUAGAAUCACCACCAAUGACACUGCUUGCCAGCACAUUGCUUCCUUUCAACUCACUUGGAAAGAGCUUGCAAAAACACCAGCAUCAGACACAGAAGAACAACCAGAAGAAUAUCAAGCAUCCAAAGAAAUCGACUCGAACGAACCAUUCGAAAAAUCUUCUUCCAAAGUCACAUUUUCUCCUCACUUGCCACCGGCAGAAGCCCAACGAGAUGAGUUUCAAAAAACACUGGGAUACGGAUGGGGCGCUUGGCUACGACAUAAUAUGGUCAGUAUUGUCAAGUUGCCAGAAGGAAUCAUUGUUACGCCCAAACUAUGUCAGAUAUCGUCCAAUACCUGUCUCGAAUUUGCCAUUCCCGAUGACGACAAUAUUCGAGUUGGAUUGCACACAAUGGAUCGAUCCUACGUGUCCUAUCGCAUGGCAUUCCAAACUGCCAAUGUCACGGUCGAAUAUUCCGUUUCAUCAUCCGACAAUAGUCAACUGUACGUGCUCGUCACCUCGCAAGAGUUUCCACAAAACGAUCCCUUUGAUUACGAAAUACAAAUUCAUGGACGAUUUGGAUGGUAUCGACCUGGAACUGUGACCAAAACCAAGGAUACUACGCAAAACACGCCACAAUUGACGUUUGAAACUCCCGGGUUCGAUACCGUCAAUGUGACCUUGACCACGGAUGAUUGGGCAACAAUAAGAAAUAAUCACCAACAUAGCAAUCAACCGCUCGAUGACAACGAUGACGAUCAUGACAAUGCACCCUACCUGCGGGUCCUCAUAACGCAACCAUACCAACCCAUUGCCUUUGGUUCCAAUAUCAUGGACGCCACACCAACAAUUAAAGACGUGCAAACCAAAAUCAAAGCCGCCAAAGAUGCAGCUCAAGCCGCAUUACGUAAAAGGUUUGGAGACGACAAAUAUGCCGUGGCAGAAGCUGUGCUCUCAACCUCCAUGUGGUCAACUAUUUACAAUCCGGUUGAGAACAAUGGACUACUCAUGCCCAUCUCGAGGACGGAGUUUUGGGAUUUCCGAGGACAAUCGGGGGCUGCCACCACGGACUGGACAUAUAUCAUCUUUGAUUGGGACACCUUGUUUGCUUCCUUACUCGCCGGUUUGGGAAGCAAAGGAAUUGCUUACUCGAAUCUAUUCCAAGUUGUCAAAUCCAAAGCGGCCGCUGGAUUCAUACCCAAUAUUGCUGCUGGAGGGUUCAAAUCGCAGGAUCGGACAGAGCCCAUGAUUGGAGCCAAAGUUACACUGGAAUUGUACCGCAAAUACAAGGACAAAUGGCCUGUAGAAGUAGUUUUUGACGACCUGCUCGACUGGAACAACUGGUCACUAGCCAAGCGGAGUCUGCCGCCAUUGGGACUGAUUGCUCUGGGAAGUCACGAGGAAUCAUUUCAGCCAACAAUUCACAAUCGCGGUCAGUCCGCAGUGAGUACUAGCCAACGUCAACUUGGGACCUUAUUAAAGUCCAACAAUACUCAUACGAAACGAAAUGGAGCAAAGACGAGUCUGGGGGAUGACGGUAUGGCUAGUGCAAGGGACGAAUCCGGAAUGGACAACUCCCCGAUGUACGACGGAGAUUUCUGGAAUGACACUCUACAUGUCAUGAAUCUCUAUGAUGUAGGAAUGUCGUCGCUGUUUGCACAAGAAGCCUACAGUCUGGCAGAACUCGCAGAGGCGAUUGGCAAGGACCCCAAGCUCGUCCAAAUGCUACGUAAAAGAGGCGACACGAUUCGAGACAAGAUACAAACCGAACUUUGGGACGAGUCGCAACAGGCCUUUGUCAACCGCUUUACCAAUGGGACAUUUUAUCGUCGGGUCAGUCCCACUAGCUUUUACCCCAUGAUGGCUGGGGCGGCUACCCAAGAGCAGGUAGAGAGCAUGGUGGGUGCUUGGCUCUUGAACUCCUCCCGGUUUUGCAUUGCCCCAAAUGGUGAUUUUGAUGGAAACGACCCGAAAGGGUGCUACUGGGGACUGCCGAGUAUCAGUGCCGAUGAUCCCGCGUUUAUGGCAGGAGACAAUUAUUGGAGGGGUUAUGUUUGGGGACCUCUUGUGCAGCUGGUUCACUGGAGCCUGCAGUAUCCAGAAAGGCACUUGGCUCACCUCGAUGUCAAAGAUGGCAACGAGAAGAGGACAGCGAAAGGCAGCAUGGAAGAGCCCAACUGGGAUUUAGCCCGCAAGGCAUUGUGCAAGCAAAUGGAAGCCAUGAUGAUGAACCAGUGGAACCGACACCGUGACAUUUGUGAGAACUUUCACCCAUCAUUGGAGGGUGAUGGUGCCAAAGACUGUACAGGGACCAAGUUCUAUCACUGGGGAGCUUUGGCAGGAUUGGUUGGUCUGGUGGAAGAUGGUUAUUGGUAGUAAGGAGACAGAGAAUUCUAGCUAGCUAUAGAGAUCACAUCACAGGGCCUGGUAGUGUUCAAGUGUUUGAAGAGCAACUGCAAGAAGUGCAUGAUACAUAUACUGACUUCUAAAGGACCAAGGCUUUGUGAGGUGCCACCGACAGUGCCAUUGCACCGUUUCUCCGUCAAUGGUUACCAGUUCUCCCGCCCUACUGCUUUGCAUGUAUUCCGACUUUUGUCCUGGGUUGACUUAUGUUUUAUUUUUUUGGACCAUGAACCAAACAGUAUCCAUCAUUCAAGAGGGCCAUCAUUCAAGAGGGCCCUGUAGGGGACCAAUAUCCAACAUUGGGGGUCCAAAGGUCUCCAGUGCAAUAUCUGGCUAAGUUGCUACUAUAGCCACCCAGGCACUUCAUCUCAUCUAUCCUCACUGAAUUGUCUUGGAUCGCUGGCACAGGCAAUAUUCGAGGACUCGUGAUUUCACAAGCGUAGCAGCAGGAAGCCCUCAAGACCCGAAACCGAAUGAUGAAGCGAAUCCCAAGAUGAAAAGCAUGCAUGCUGCUUUUGCCUUCGCUGCUGAGGAGGCACACCCUAUUGCAGAACACAACAGAAUGAGAAGCGAAGGAGCGAACCUGAUUGUGCUGCUGUUGGUACGGAAUAAUUGAACUCUGCAAUCUUCAGUGGACUUCAGGUGCUGAGCACAGCACAGAUUGUCAUCAUCCGAUCUAGCUAGAUGCUCGAUCCCCACAACAUUCUCCAAGGAUCGCAGCUUCUGGCCCUAUCGUUACACCAUGCAUUCGUUGCAUCUGUCUUCUGCCCCGCGCUGGAUCCUUGCCAUUUUCAGUGCACUUCCGCUUUCUGAGUUUUCCCUGCUAGCUAGCUACCUGCUGAAGUCCCUGUCUGACGCCGCCUCGAGCUCUUCGUCGAUCAUCGUCAACGACGCGUUAAAGCGACUUUCUCCUGCAGAGUCGUCUCUCGCCGGUCCACCCCGACGUCGGGUUUGGCCACUGAUUCUGCUGUGCAGCUCGCUCAAUUCAGAGAGACGGGGAUCCCGAUCAAAUGGAGCCGACGGUAUACUUCCACGGAGCUCCAUCAGAUGCGUAGAGCCGGCCAUCGACAGGUCCUCCAUCAGAGCAGGUUUGCCAUCUCUGUCCCAAGUACCAGCCAUCCAAGUGUCUUGCAUCCCUAAAACCUCAAUCCUAGCCCCUCGCUGAUCCCGCUUGUAGACUCGUUUCAUCUGUACCGUUUUCUCACCCCUGUUUUGACACUUCAAACAAGUUUGCCAGAAUGUUGCCGCAAGACCCAAGAAGGCAAAACCAAAGCUGACCACCCAUAUUCCUAUAAUAGCGUGAAGUAGACGUGUUGGAUUAUGGCAUUCUUUGGCACGGAGUGCAACACCAGGAGAGCUCUUGCGUACCUGACAACUGGGAAAUGGUGAGACCCACUGCAUUAUCGUCCCCUCCUGGCAUGGUACAUCGACUGUUCGGUUUGUUUGCCAGCAGGCCAGCGUCAUAGACACCAUCAUUUUGAAGUUUCAAGAAAAAAGAGAUCAGCUGAGGCGACACGUUUUCGAAAACUGGCAUGCCUGUUUGAACCAUUUGCACUGGUUUCCCUACAAUCGUUUUGUUGCAGUGCAAUGCCUUUGACGCAAACACGUCCAGAUCCUCUUCGGGUGCAAUAGCUGCAUGGCAAUACUUCGGGUCUCGGUUAGCCCUCAAAGGAUCCAAGAAAUCAAAUACCCUUGCCCUGCUUUGGCAGGCUGAACAGGUGAACCCAGGCUCCCCGUCUCCGCCAAUUUCCGGGGGAUCCACCACAAACCUGUUCCGAUCCAGCGUUGGAAACACAUUCAACACGGAUUCCAUAUUCUUUCGCUCGCUGCAAAACCUGUAGCCCGCAGCGAUGGCAUCAUCUAGAUUGCUCACAACAACAUUCUCCACAUUGUGCGAAAGAAUGGCAGCGAGAUUGGCUGUGUACACCGCGACGAUUGUCAAUAUAAAGAAUGCAAUUCCCAACAAAUUGAGCAUGGCACCUAACGUCGAGACAGCAGGAUCAUAUGUUUGUUGCAUGACCGCCAAGAAGGCAACAUAGAUGGAUUUGAUGAUACUCAUGUAGAUUGGAAUUGGGAUCUUUUUGAUCAUGGAUUCCCCCGUUUUGUCAUUUGUCAUCAAGACCACUUCCUCGGUUGGAUAAGAGGAAGAGGCGCCCCUGCCACGUUCGUGCACCACCAUGAGAAUCCCAAGGAUUGGAAUGACGAAGGCGCAUAUAAAGAGCCAUGUGUGUGGUCUGUUGGUUUUGUCGUUUGGACAGGAAACAAUCAAGUGUGUGAGUGUGAGAGUAGGGGUACAAGAAACAAGCAAUUUGAACAUACGCAAACUACCAAAUAGGGUACCAGUAUGUUCUUACGUGAAUGGACUAAAGAUGGUCGCAAUGGAUCUAAAAAAGUAGUUCAGAUCUCUUCCAUUGUCUGCAUCACGGUUCACAAUCAGGUAGAUUCCCACGCUCCCCAGUGUCAACCAGUCUGUACUUGCUGCUCUUCGCUCUGUAAUGGUAUACUGUGCGACGCACAUGUCCAGGUAGCCGAGCGACGCUGCAUAAACACAAAAAUCAAAGUUCGACUCGGACUCAAAGUACUCUACUGAAUGCACCCACAAGGUCGGUGGUGGCGGUGUGAUUUCCAUCUGAAACCGCCCAAUUCUGGCCGCUUGAAUGACAAAAUCCACUACCGGCCCAGACCAGUUGUCGAUCGGUCCUUGGUAGUGUUGCUUGUCCUUGUUGUAAGCUCCCAACCAACCCCCACUGUUGGAAUUGAAGCCAACUUUGAAUAUCUGUCCCUCCAAUGCUUUGAAUCUUUGCACAUGGGUAAAAAUAUCCAUGUGGCCACAUGUGGCGUAGGAAUAGUGCCGAUUGCUGUGGGCAAAGGCGCUGCUUCGACGACUGGCCAGUGUGCAAUUGAGAGGAUCCACAAAGCACCAGCUUCGACUACACCAGCUCAUAUCACAACCAAAUGGCGAAGGAACCAUGUGCUUGGCUCUGUCACAGUAGUUGCUCUCUUCCAAGCAAAGCGGUGUCUUGACAUCGUGGGCACCGCAUCCAACACCAUACGUAGGCGAGUCGAACAAUUUGCCCAAGUGAUUUUCCAGGUUGGGAUUGGCAAGAUCUCGAUCGUCAACAGUGAGGGGAAGGGCAGGCAGGCAAGGACACAGCGGGCUGCCUUCCCGAAAGCCCACGGGGGGUAUUUCCUUGGACAGCUCUUCUUCUUCCACUUGAGCCACAACGGCAACAAGGAGAAAGAACAGCAGAAAGUUGGUAGCGAGAAAAACGUUCCUGCAUCCCAGCGGCGGAUACCCCUUUUCGCUCCGCCAUCUUUGCUUCAUUCCUACCCUAUCUUGCCUCGUCUGUCGGGUGAUGCUUUGGCGACAGUUGAGGCGCGAUGGAUGUGGAUGAAGCUGUUUUGGAUGCCUU